AUGGCUAAAGAGCUCCAAGAAACUUCCUCCUCCUCUGCCACCACCACCUCGUCGUGCACCACCUCCUGCUGCUCGUCCACCGUCACGGACUCGUCUUCCUCGCCCCCGUCGCCGGCGGCGGCCAAUGCUGCGCCCGCGCCACGGAAGCGGCAGGCGGCGGAGCCAGAGGCCGAUGCCGAGGUGGGCGGGGAGGAGGAAGAGGAGGAAGAGUUCGCGGGGAAGGCGACGGCGGCGAAGAAGAAGAGGAAGCGGAGCAGCGAGGGGAAGCACCCGACGUACCGCGGCGUGCGGAUGCGGGCGUGGGGCAAGUGGGUGUCGGAGAUCCGCGAGCCCCGCAAGAAGUCGCGCAUCUGGCUCGGCACGUUCCCCACCGCCGAGAUGGCCGCGCGCGCCCACGACGUCGCCGCGCUCGCCAUCAAGGGCCGUGCCGCGCACCUCAACUUCCCGGACCUCGCCGAGGUGCUCCCGCGCGCCGCGUCCGCGGCCCCCAAGGACGUCCAGGCCGCCGCUGCAUUGGCCGCCGCGUUCGAGUCGCCAUCGUCACCGUCCUCGGAGCCCGGCGCCGGCGCGACGGAGCCGUGCCACGCCCAAGACGAGCCCGCCACCAAGAACGCCGCCGCGCCCGGGGAAGCCGCCGCCGACGAGGCAGCCGUACCACCGCCGGCCUCUCAGUCUCAGCCAGCGACGCCGUCGAGCGGUGUUGAGGAGGAGCGCCAGCUGUUCGACCUGCCGGACCUGCUCCUGGACAUCCGGGACGGGUUCGGGUGCUUCCCGCCGAUGUGGGCACCGCUCCCCGACGUGGAGGAGGUCAAUGCGGAGCUGCGCCUCGAGGAGCCGCUGCUUUGGGAGUAG